AUGUCAUCGAGUAGUGCGGAACCCCAUCGCGCCAGUUGUCUUCCGGAGCUCGAUGACUUACUGGCAAGGCCAGGAAAUCGACAUUGCGCUGAUUGCGGCCGGGACAGCCCCCACUGGGCAAGCGUCAACUUGGGCGUCUUCCUUUGCCGCGAUUGCAGCAGUAUCCAUAACCGUCUCGGAGUCAAUGUAUCCAUAGUCCAGAGCCUAGUUUUGGAUUCAUGGCAGAACACGUGGAUUCUCAUCAUGACUCACGUUGGAAACAACAUAGCGAACAGCUACUAUGAACAGAAUCUACCUGAGAGCUUUCGGAAGCCGAAACUUGAGGACGGUAUCCGGGCGGUUGAGCGAUUUAUUUGGACAAAAUAUGUUGGCCUGCAGUUCGCUCCGAAUGGUCGUCCGCCACCGCCAUCCGGGUUGGCGGCGCGAGGAGAACGCACUGACAUUUACCUCCAGCAAGCAGGCAUGUCCUCUCUCUCUGCCUCUCCAGUGAUUGAAGAACCUCGCCGUGGAGGCCGGCGGGCGAAAGCUCACUCUCGCGAGAAGAAGAGACUCGUCCAGAAGCUCGAGAAGGUAUCCAAGGCUGCCAAUGCACAUAUGGACAUAAGAUCUCCUCCUUACGGACUUGCCGUGCGAGCCUCUGGACUCUCUGUCGUCGAGCAAGUUGCGAAGGUGAUGGCUCCCGAGUACGAGAACUUCGGCCCGAUGCGGGACGCUUCUAUCUUCGAUUUGUGGUCUUAUGAGAUGAGGCCUAACUCCUAG